CGUAUACUUUCGUGCUUUCAAAUAUUGACGUAAUAAAAUAAAUUUGUAGUAAAGAAAUGGAAAAAUUAAAGAAUGGAUCGAUUGUGCUUUUCGUUUGGGCUGGAAACAAUCCUCCUCAAGAUUUAGAGGAAAUAGUCUCUCAAAUGAAUGAAAGUGUUGGCACAAAUGGGAAAAUUCAAUUAGAGCAUAUUGACAGAUUAAAAUUAUCAUCACACAAGGAAUCUUUCUUUGACAUUAUUUACUCUGGACUAACAUUUCCUUCAAUAUUUGUUCAUGACUUGGAUACACUUGCCGAAAUGGCUCGAAUCUUGAAGCCCUCUGGUUCUCUUAUAAUUCGUCAACCAAUUGGAAUUGCAAAUACUUUAAUAACAGAUGAAAAGUUGAAGUCAUUGAUAGUGAUGUCUGGUUUCAUCAACGUCUCCAAAAGCAAUCUUGUGCCAUUGUCUCAAGAGAAGAUGAAUACUCUACAAACUGUUUUAAUGACAGAAAAUAAAGUAGACUUAAUUGAGAUAAUUUGUGAGAAACCAUCUUUCAAUGUUGGCUCAACCUCUCAGCUUAAACUUUCCUUUGGCCAGAAAAAAGAAAUUUCUGAAGAUGUUGCUAAGGUUUGGACGUUAUCUGCUCAAGACAUAAAUGAUGAUGAUGUGGAUCUCAUUGAUUCUGAUGAACUUUUGGAUGAGAUUGAUUUCAAGAAACCAGAUCCAUCGACACUAAAAAAUAACUGUGGCCCUAAAUCUGGAAAGAAAAAAGCCUGCAAAAACUGUUCAUGUGGACUUGCAGAAGAACUUGCUAAAGGUGUUGAAAAUGCUCUACCUAAGUCUGCAUGUGGCAGCUGUUACUUGGGAGAUGCCUUCCGUUGCGCAAGUUGCCCUUAUCUUGGUAUGCCAGCGUUUAAACCUGGAGAAAAAAUAUCAUUAAGUGAUAGACAACUAAAGCCAGAUAUAUGAUUUGCAUUUUAUAAACUUUAUGGCUUAAGAGUUGCACUAUUGAUGAACUUACUUUAUUAUUGAAUUUAUUGGGAAGGGUGGAAACUUUGAACUGACAUUCAGACAUAAAAUGUAGUUCUUUGUUGCUUAUGUAUUAAAAUAAAAGUUCUGUUUUUAAUAAA